GAAAAAAAGUGAUUAAAAAAACAAAAAGAAAUUCUGCUUCUCUCCCUAAAAGCUUCUGAGCUGUUUUCUUUAAUCUUUAUCACCGAAAAGAAACAACUCACAAGUCACAAGCAUCUCUUGAUUUUCUUUAAUAGGUCUCUCUCUAAAAUAAAAUUAUAAAAAAAAAAAAACCAUUGUUCUUGGCUCUUGCAACUCCUACUUCAUUAUGUCAGUAAUCACUACACUUUGGUAAGUGAUUUAAUCCCAAUUUUUCGACCAAAACACUUCAAGAACAAAGCAAAAAAGCACCCCUUUUUGUCUUUACCCUUAUUCAAGAAAUCUUGAUUACAACAUACAAGUUCCUUUAUCUUCAUUCAUUCUUUAAAGGGUAUGCUGUGAUGGGUUAAUCCAGUUUUAGCCAAACACCCCAAAAGAAAAGCAAAAAGCACCCAUCUUUAUUUAUAGAUUUUGGAUAGUAUAUGCAAUAACAUGUAAGAAUUUGAUUAAUUGGGUUAUUAAUCAAUGGGUUCUCUUGAAAAUGGAGUAUUGCCAUUAAAAAGAGAUCCUUUACUCAAAUCUUUAUCCAGAAAUGAAAGAAACAGUUCAUUUGGUCAAAGACCCAGAUCAAGAUUUGCAAGAUUUAUGGUUGUGAAGAAGCUAGAUUACUUGCAAUGGAUUUGUGCAGUGGCUGUGUUCAUCUUCUUUGUGUUUGUUUUUCAAAUGUUCUUGCCACUAUCCACUAUGGAAAAAGCUGGUGAAGGUUUCUUGAAACAAAAAGAUGAUACCUUUGAUGGGGAAUUAAAGAAUUUGUUUCAAGAAUUAAGUGGAUUGGAUUUUGGUGAAGGUGUUAAGUUUGAGCCCACAAGGCUUUUGCUCAAGUUUCAAAGAGGAAAUAAAGAUUUUAAUGAUUUUAAUAAUUUUAAUAAUCCAUCUUUUGAAGGUUCAAGAAAAGUAGUGAGAUUUGGGAACAGAAAGCCCCAGCUUGCUUUUGUUUUUGCAGAUCUGUUGGUUGAUCCACAACAAGUGUUAAUGGUUAGUGUUGCGGCUGCUUUAAGAUCAAUUGGGUAUGAAAUUGAGGUUUACUCGCUUGAAGACGGCCCUGUGCAUGCUGUGUGGAAAAAUAUUGGAGUUCCAGUCAAUAUUGUGGAAGCCGACAACAAUACAAAGAUUAUAAUCGACUGGCUAAACUAUGAUGCAAUACUUGUCAAUUCUCUUGAAGCAAAAGACGCAAUUUCAGGCCUUUUACAGGAACCAUUUAAAUCAUUACCACUUAUAUGGACCGUCCAUGAAAAAGCACUUGCGACCCGUUUAAAAAAGUAUGUAUCGGAUGACCAACAUCCGCUGUUUGACGAUUGGAAAACCGUAUUUCAUCGAGCUUCAGUUGUUGUUUUCCCCAACCAUGUUCUACCGAUGUAUUAUGCUGCAUUUGAUGCCGGAAACUACUUUGUUAUACCUGGAUUUCCAUCUAACGCUUGCAAAUUAGAUAACUCGAUGAUCGUUUUCGAAGAAAAUCUCCGCGGGAAUAUGAAUAUUGGCGCUCAUGAUUUAGUUAUUGCAAUAACAGGAAGUCAAUUUCUGUAUAAAGGAUUAUGGGUGGAACAUGCACUCGUUUUACAAGCUUUAUCACCACUAUUAGCGGAGUUUAACGCUGAUGAUAGUACGAGUCAACAUCUUAGAAUCAUAUUCUUGAGUCAAGAUUUGAGUGGUAAUUACAGUGCUGCCAUUGAGGAAAUUGCUUCGAAUCUUAACUACCCAAAUGGUACCGUAAACCAUGCAACCGUUGACGAUGACGUGUACAAAAUUCUUAGCGUUGCGGAUCUUGUGAUAUACGGAUCGUUUCUUGAAGAACAAUCUUUUCCCGACAUUCUAGUAAAAGCAAUGUGCUUUGAGAAACCGAUAAUAGCUCCUGACCUUACAGUAAUAAAGAAAUACGUUGACGACAAGGUCAAUGGCUACCUUUUUCCUAAGACGGAUAUUAACGUUUUAACGCAAAUUAUGCUUCAGUUAGUGUCUAAACGAAAACCGUCAUCUUUAUCUCGAAAUAUCGCAUCAAUCGGAAAACAUACCGCAAAAAACAUGAUGGUUUUGGAAUCCGUUGAAGGGUAUGCUUCGUUGAUAGAAAAUGUCGUUAACUUACCUUCGGAAGUUGCGUCUCCAAGGGCAGUAUCGGAAAUUCCAUCUAAUUUCAAAACCGAGUGGCAGUGGCGUUAUUUUGAAGAUGUUUCAGAUAGUAAAUAUGUAAAUAGAAGUUUGAGGAUUGAUCAGUUUUUAAACAAGCUUGAAAACCGGUCGAACCGUACUCGAAAAGAUGGGUUUGCUGAUGUUUCGGCAGAUGAUACGUUUUUGUAUAGUAUUUGGGAAGAAGAGAAAAGUAUUCAGACAGCGCUAACUAAAAAGAGAAGAGAAGAUGGUGAGUUGAGGGACAGAAGUGAGCAACCUAGGGGAACAUGGGAGGAAGUAUAUCGAAGCGCAAAGAAAGCCGACAGGAAUAAGAAUGAUUUGCAUGAGAGAGAUGAUGGGGAGCUUGAAAGAACGGGUCAACAGUUAUGCAUCUAUGAACCUUAUUUCGGUCAAGGAGCUUGGCCUUUUUUGCAUAGUGGUUCACUUUAUCGUGGUAUUGGGCUGUCAUCUAAAGGUCGAAGAUCGAGAACCGAUGACGUUGACGCACCUUCACGUCUUCCUCUUCUAAGCAUACCUUAUUACCGUGAUGCCCUUGGAGAUUUUGGCGCAUUUUUCGCGAUUGCAAACCGUGUUGAUCGUAUUCAUAAAAAUUCUUGGAUUGGAUUUUCAUCAUGGAGAGCUACAGCUAAGAAGGCUUCUUUGUCAAAGACUGCUGAGGCGGCUUUAUUAGACGACAUUCAAGCACGCAGGCAUGGCGACGCACUAUAUUUUUGGGUUCGAAUGGACAAAGAUCCAAGAAACCCGACGCAACAAGAUUUUUGGACAUUUUGUGAUUCUAUAAACGCCGGAAAUUGCAAGUUUGCUUUCUCGGAAGCGUUCAAGAAGAUGUAUGGGGUGAACGACAACUCGACGUAUGUCCCUCCGAUGCCUGUGGAUGAAGGUUCGUGGUCGGUCAUGCAUAGCUGGUCUUUGCCCACCAAAUCAUUCCUUGAGUUCGUCAUGUUUUCAAGAAUGUUUGUGGAUGCAUUGGAUGCGCAAAUGUAUGCGGAACAUCAUCAAAGUGGUUUCUGCUACCUAAGUUUAUCCAAGGACAAACAUUGCUACUCACGUGUUCUCGAGCUGCUUAUAAACGUAUGGGCAUACCAUAGUGCAAGACGAAUGGUGUACAUAAACCCAACAACCGGAAAACUCGAAGAACAACACAAUUUCAAAACCCGAAGAGGGAAAAUGUGGGUCAAAUGGUUCAACUACAAAACCCUAAAAUCCAUGGAUGAAGAUCUUGCUGAAGAAGCCGACUCAGACCACCCUAACCGCCGGUGGUUAUGGCCUUUGACCGGCGAGGUUUUCUGGCAAGGACUGUAUGAAAAAGAAAGAAGUCAAAUGAGACGACAAAAAGAAAAACGAAAGCAAAAGAGCAAAGAUAAGAUUCUACGGAUUAAAAACCGAACACACCAAAAGGCUAUCGGUAAGUAUGUGAAGCCACUGCCUGAUAAUGAAACGGUCAAUAACUUGACUCCGGUUUUAGAAGCCGUAAAGCUUCUUAGAUAACAUAUAUUUACUUUUUUGGUAGAUAUUGUAGCUUUGUUGGGUCAAUUCUUUGUGAAAAUAUAUAAUGUUUUCGGGGUUUAUUUUUUCUAUAAAUCUGAUAAGUUUUUGUUGCGUAAAACUACAUUAAGUCUUGUAGAUGAUGCUCAACUGUUAAUGCAUUGCCUUAAAGGUAUACUGAAUGUAUUGUAAA